GUUGUGAGGCAUAUACGAAGUUUGGUGGAGAGAGAGAGAGAGAGAGAGAUGGAGGAAGCAAAGGGAUUGGUGAAGCAUGUACUGCUGGCAAAGUUCAAAGACGGGAUCUCAGAAAGCAAGAUCGAAGAACUCAUCAAAGGUUACGCCAACCUCGUCAAUCUCAUCGAACCCAUGAAGUCUUUCAACUGGGGAAAAGACGUGAGCUUUGAGAACCUACAUCAAGGUUUCACUCAUGUCUUUGAGUCAACCUUUGAGAGUACGGAGGGUGUCGCAGAAUACGUAGCCCAUCCUGCCCACGUUGACUUUGCAAAUUUGUUACUUUCCAAUUUGGAGAAGGUCAUUGUGAUCGAUUACAAACCAACUACAGUUCAUGUUUAAAUCGGAAGGACCAUCCCAGGUGUCGUAUGUCGUGUUGUUUCUCCUGGUGGAACUUAAGCUUCUGUGUAAGAGGCUGAUUCAGGUCUGUUUUAUCUGAUUUACAAACCGUGAGUAAAAUGAAAUAAUUCAGGUCUGUCAUUGGUUGUGCCUCAAAUUUUAACUGCAUUGCCUUGUAUUGGUGUUGAUGCUAUCGAAUCGAUUUAAUACUCAGUUAGAUUUCUUAUAUAAUUACAUUGGACUGCUUCAAGUCCAUAGUCUUC